AUAACAAGCCUCGCACGGUCACACUGCCGCUACCGGCAUUUGAUUUGUUUUCGUUUGUUUUGCUUUUUUAAAUAAAAAGAUGCAUCCACCGCCAUGCUUCACGUUCUAGACGUAGUAGUGGACUUUCUGGGUGCUCGCCUACUACGACCACUGACCAGCGUGAUCGAUGCGGUGAUCUCUGGCGUCUAUUACUUCCUGUGGGUCAGCUACUUUAUCGGGUACUGCCUGGUGGAGGGAAGCACACGAGCAUGGAAUUUGGUUAGGUGCGCCGCAAGCGAGGUGUAUCGCCUCUACUGCGACCUGUGCUACACCACCCAGGGUGUGAGUGAGUACUUUUACGGAGGCGCUACCUCCGGCCUGCGCAAUGCCCGGGAUCUAUGUCAGUCCGUGGGACUGUUCCUCUGCAAUCUGCUCAUCGAACUUGGCAAUUGCGUACUGUGGCUGUUGAUGCUGCUGCCGAGGAUCAUCGCACACAUCUUCGACUGCGUCCUGGAGUUCGUGAUGCACUCGAUUGUGGCGCGCGGCCUAAGCCUGCUGAACACUGUUUUUCGGCUCUCCAUAGGAUUGACGCUGCUCCUGGUGCUCUACAUGUUUCGACGUUACGUUUACCUUAUGCUCAUCUACCUGCUCGAGCGCGCCCGCUUCGAGAUCUCAACGAAGACGCAGAUCGUAUACCUCUGGACCGAUCAGCAGUUGACGCGCUUCAUUGAAAACGUGCGCAAUGAACCAGUGAACGCUGGAGGAGUCUGUGUGAUUUGUAUGGAGCGCAGCAGAAGCAUCGUCAUCAUGCCCUGCCGGCACCUCUGCUUGUGCAAGCAGUGCUCCCAGCAGCUACGGCUGCGCUUUGAAAACCGCUGUCCUGUCUGCCGCAACGACAUCCUCUCAUUUCUCCCAGUCUACUUGUGAGGAUUAAUAUAUUUUGUACAUAGAACGUAAGUGUACCUAAGACUGCCAAUUGGAACUUAGUAAAUAAGAUGACUUAUAAAUGUAAUAUCUGGGGUAAUAUAGUUUCAAUUCUAAAAGGCCAAAAAUGUGAUGUUAGGAGAACAGACUGGUCCUUAAACUAUCAGUAAAGGCUUUGUAAAUUUGGAAAGUAAGUGAAAUAAACGACCAAAUUCUAAACUAUAAGAUUGUGUACAACGUAUAACUAAUACUAAUACUAUCUUCAAGACUUCAUCCACACCGCCACAGAAAUAACCAAGACAAGUAAAUUAUUUUCUGUAUUUAUUUCAAACCAAUGAAAAUAUACGAUUUGUUUUGUAUACAUUUAUGUAAAUACGGUUUGGUUUUUCGUAUAACUAAUUUGCUCAAAAGACAGAUAGAAAAAACGUAGUUGGUUGUUUUGUCUGGGCUUAUACAACUUUAUUAAAUUUAUAUUAAAAUCGAAAUGAAA